AUGUCUGGUUCUCAGGGUAAGGGUAAGGGUGGGGAUGGCUAUAAGUGCAGCGAAUGUUCCAGGAUUCCCUGGGGCUCUGAGGAAUACAUGUACUCAUAUCCAUAUAAGUCAACGUGGACGAGCAACCCUGGAGCAUGCAGAUUCAACGAUCCGAAUUGCUCGACCUGCAAUUUCAUUUUCGACUGCCGCCGUGCCCACCAUGCCGCUCAGAUACCCGACGACUCGGAUGAAGAACCACUGCGAUAUGAUAUGAUUACUCUUGAUUUUGUAAACUACGGGCAUCAAAUGCGGAUAGUCAAUAAACAACCACGAAGCCGUUACAAGUUCGUUGAAGCUGGCGUGAGCACCGAGACUCGGGCAUAUACGCAUUCUACACUGAUCCCACGUCGGGUCAUCCAGCCUGACAAGAUUGAUUACGCUCUUCUCCAAGCUUGGACAGCUUACUGCGAUGAAAAGCACGGCGCCCUCUGCGGGGAGAAAUCAGAAUUGCCGCUCGAUAUUUUGCAUGUCAUUGAUUGCGAAACCAGCCUGGUAGUUCAGCUUCCUACCCUAGAUGACGACUAUAUCACCCUUAGCUAUGUCUGGGGCCAGGGCGGCGAUCCUGAUAUCGUACCAGACCUUACCCUCCCAGGCGUACCCCCAAGGGUCAUCAGCGAUGCGAUGGUGGUUGUUCAAAAGAUGGGAUAUCGCUAUCUAUGGGUUGAUCGUUAUUGUAUUCCACAGUCGAGUGCUGCCUUUUCGAUAAAAGACAAGUUGAUUGGGUGCAUGGAUCUCAUUUACUCAAACGCUAAACUCACCAUAGUCGAUGCGGCUAGUGACGGUCCGGAGUGUGGACUUCUAGGUGUGACAACUGGAGAACGGAUAAUUCCGCCUAUGACAACAGUUGGACGUUGUACGCUCACCUAUACCGUGCCAACGGGCAAUAUCGUCCGAAACUGCAAAUGGUUUACCCGAGGUUGGACAUUCCAAGAGGGCCUGCUCUCCCCAAGACUCUUGCUGUUCACCAAAGCUGGAGUGCUGUUUCGAUGCGGAAAAAUGGAUGGCAUGGAGACCCUUGACUCCAUCCCCUUAGUCCCCGUGGACAAUAAUAAGUGGCUCCGUGAUAUGAAAAUUUCUGGAUCGCCGGAGACGUUUUUCAGCCACCUCAUCGACUAUAUGAAGAGAGACCUGUCACACCAAAGUGAUGCUUAUAAUGCCAUUCGAGGCAUUCUGCAAGCGUUUAAGCGGAUGGGCACACCCACGUUUGGCUGCCUCCCAUUACGAGUAAUGGGUCAAAGGGGAAAGAUAGAGGAUCUCUCAAGUCACAUGUUGCUAGCUACUUCCCUAUCGUGGUCUAUUGAGAAUGAUGCAUCGUACCGAUGGACCCGAGCUUUGGAGCGGCGACCUGGCUUUCCUAGUUGGACAUGGCUGGGCUGGAUGAAGGCCCCGUCGAGCACAGCUUGGGACUACUCCUCCGCUACGGAGAUAAGCUCCUCGAAGCUCUGUAAACUCCCUUUGAAAGAGAAUCCCAAAGCUCAUAUAUCUUCAAUCGAUGUCGAGUACCAAAGUGGCCGGACUGUUCGAUUGAGCCAAGCAGUGGAAUCUAUCUGCUGUGAGUCGGAGGCUGGCCUUGCCAUUGGCCUACACAUGGAUUGCUGGGUAUUCCAAGUCGUGGCGACCACUGGUAAAUGGUUUCCACGCCCUCUAGACGACUGCGAAUGCCAUCUUGAGCUACCACCCGAGUGGUCAAUAUUGCACAUUGGUAAUACCCAGCGAGUCGGCUCCGAACAAGAUACCAGCUUGUUUCGCGUACGCGAGACCUUCACUUUCCAGGUGGCCGAACCCGAGGUUGUCAAGUUAUUUAAGAAAAAGGAUAGCUAUGUGUUUACCUGCUUGCUCCUGGCUUCCACCGACGGUUGGAUAGGCCCCAUCGGAUUUAAAGGUUCCACCGGGCUGGCAGCCUUGCUCCUACGACCACACCCCGAGAAAGCUGCCGUGUUCGAGCGGUUUGAUGUUUUUUACGCCUAUGGAGCCGACCGUUUCGUGCAGAUUGACGACAAGAAUGCUACCAUGGGUGAUCUUGCUCUGCGGCGGGAAAGGAUUUGCUUAGUAUAG